UUCCACGUAUUCGGAUAAAGCUUCCUCUGCCACCGCCCCCUCUCUUUCUCUUUUCUCUCUCAAACUCUCCCCAACUUUCCUCUCCAAGUUCCCGCUAACCAAACAGCUACAGUGCUACUGAUUUUCUCUCUGUUUCAUGGCAGUUAAAUUACAUCAUCAGUCCUUCGUUUCUUCCUGUUCGUCAAAUCCAUGGCUUUCACGAAUUUCGAUCAGAAAAUGUAUUUCCUGUAGAAGAGGAGCUGGGUUGGAUUACCCGUUUAGUAAUUGUGGCAAUGCUAGGAAGAGAAACUUUCGGAGACUUUCUAUCUUAGAGAAAGGAAAUUACAGUCGUAAUCACCAUUUGGUGGGUUCUAGGAAGAAUUUUGUGAACUAUUGUAAAUCAGGAAAAGCGGGAGAUUUCUUGCCCCUUGCAUCUUCAGAUGACAGUGUAACUGUCAAUGGGAGUCCUCAAGCAACUACCAGUACCAAUGUUGAGGAAAUGAGGGUCAAACUAAAACAAUCACUGCAGGGCAAAGAUUACUGUGAUGGACUUGUUGAAUCUUUGCAUGAUGCAGCCAGAGUCUUCGAGUUGGCUAUAAAAGAACAGGGCUCACUGUCCAACUUGGCUUGGCUAUCAACAGCUUGGCUGGGUGUAGAUCGGAAUGCAUGGAUAAAAACACUCUCUUAUCAGGCUUCUGUAUAUUCAUUAUUGCAAGCUGCAAGUGAGAUUUCAUCCCGGGGUGAUGAUAGAGACAGGGAUAUAUACGUUUUUGUCCAAAGAAGCUUAUUCCGACAAUCUGCUCCUUUAGAGAGCUUAAUUAGGGAUAAACUGUCGACCAAGCAACCUGAAGCUUAUGAGUGGUUUUGGUCUGAGCAAAUUCCAGUGGUGGUGGCAUCCUUUGUGAAUUUUUUUGAAGAGGACCAGUGUUUCACUGCUGCUACUGCUCUGACUGGGAAAGGCUUGUCCUUGGGAUUGGGAAAUGCCAGCGACAUUUCACUCCUUAUGCUUGCAUUAACUUGCAUUGUUGCAAUCUUAAAACUUGGUCCGACCAAAGUUUCUUGCUCUCAGUUCUAUUCCAUGAUCCCAGAUAUAACUGGUAGAUUGAUGGACAUGUUGAUUGAUAUCAUUCCCUUACGCGAAGCUUAUUAUCUUGUAAAGGAUACUGGUCUCGAUAGAGAAUUUCUUGUCCAUUUUGGUCCUCGAGCUUCAACAUGUAGAGUGAAAGAUGAUCGGGGUUCCGAAGAGGUUAUUUUUUGGAUUGAUCUUAUACAAAAGCAACUUCAACAAGCUAUAGAUAGGGAGAAAAUAUGGUCUAGACUAAUGACAUCCGAAAGAAUUGAGGUUUUGGAGAGAGAUUUGGCAAUAUUUGGAUUCUUUAUUGCCUUAGGUAGAAGUACACAAUCCUUUCUAUCUGUAAAUGGAUUUGAUGUCAUAGACGAUCCUCUUGAAGGCUUCAUUAGGUACCUUAUUGGAGGCAGUGUGUUAUACUAUCCUCAACUUUCAUCAAUAAGUUCUUAUCAAUUGUAUGUGGAGGUAGUUUGUGAAGAGCUAGAUUGGCUUCCUUUCUAUCCUGGUAAUACUGGCACCCCAAGACGGUCCCAUGGCCACAAAAGUAAACGAGAUGGUCCCCCUAAUGCUGAAGUUAUCCCCCAAGUGUUAGAUGUUUGUUCUCACUGGAUGCAGAGCUUUAUUAAAUACAGUAAAUGGCUGGAGAACCCUAUAAAUGUUAAGGCAGCAAAAUUCUUGUCUAGAGGGCAUAACAAGUUGACGGACUGCAUGAAAGAACUUGGCAUGUCAAGAAGUGAGGUGACAGAGAGAACUGAAUCUGGAACUCAUCAACCUGCUGAGAAAGAUUCAGAUUCUUUUGAUAAGGCAUUGGAGAGUGUUGAAGAAGCUUUGAUGAGACUCGAAAAAUUGCUUCAAGAAUUGCAUUUGGCAAGUUCUACAUCUGGAAAAGAGCAGUUGCAAGCUGCUUGUUCUGACCUUGAGAAAAUAAGAAAACUUAAGAAAGAGACUGAGUUCCUAGAAGCAUCUUUCAGGGCGAAAGCAGCUUCUCUCAAGCAGGGAGAUGAUGACAGUGAUUCCCAGUCUUCUAUUAGCGGACAGAAAAUAUACUUGAAGGGCAAAAAGGGAAGUAUUAACGUAAUUCCGGAUAGGGCCAAGAGUGAAUCUCAUGGAUUCUGGAGCUUCUUUUUACGCCCUCGCACCAGGAAGCCUGAGCCUAAGUUAUCCGUUGUUGAUGAAUAUUCUGUGCAGGGUAAUGAAUAUAUUGAUCUGACAACUUCAAACAAAGGUGUUGCAAACUCAGAGUCCAACGAAAUUUACCGCUUUGAGGUUCUAAGAAAUGAGCUCAUAGAACUUAAGAAAAGAGUUCAAAGAAGUGCUGAUCAGUCAGAAAAUGAGGAUAUCAAGAUUAUGAAUGAUGGUGCUAACCACACUACUGAUGAAGCUAGAGACACUCAAUCAGUCCAGGUUGAGAAGAAUGAAAAUAUCAUUGAAAAAUCAAUUGACAAACUAAAAGAAACUAGCACGGAUAUCUGGCAAGGAACUCAGCUUCUGGCUAUUGAUGUUGCUGCUGCGACAGGGUUGCUUAGGAGGGCACUGGUUGGAGAUGAAUUGACAGAGAAAGAAAAGCAAGCUCUCCGGCGAACUCUCACUGACUUAGCUUCUGUAGUACCUAUCGGUGUUUUAAUGCUUCUGCCGGUUACUGCAGUUGGUCACGCAGCCAUGUUGGCUGCUAUUCAGAGAUAUGUGCCAGCUCUGAUACCUUCCACAUAUGGACCAGAAAGGUUGGAUCUCCUGAGGCAGCUUGAGAAAGUUAAGGAAAUGGAAACCAGGGAAGUGGACCCCGAUGAAAAUGUAUGAGAAGCACUGGCGCAGUUUGUUGCAAUACAUCCCUAAAAUUGAAUCAAACCCAAUACGAGGUAAUUUUUCUACCUAGGUGAAAUUGCUUUGUUUUAAAUUCCAUGGGUAAUAGGUAAAAAUAGAGAAGCUCAUUCCAUUUAUAGUCACCAAUGGCUGUAGUCUGGGGGAGCAUUAGCAGGAGUGCCUGGCUCACAAUUGAACGAGGGGUGACUGUUGCUCCUGAACCUUCCUGUUUUCAUUUCUCAUCUGUUUGAUUGCAUCUGAAAUGAAAUGAUUGUUGAGGGGCUCAGCUCCGAGCAUUGUGUA